GUGACUGAUCUUUGAUGAAUGCAGAGGCAUUGAUUUUGCCAUUGCAAACCAGGAGGUUCCAAAUAAAGCUCAAGAUUUACCUCUACUGGUGAAACAGGUAUGCAGACGCCAUUGUGAUUCCUCAAUGCUAGCACAUGUCAUGGUCCUUAUGAUUUCUGUUAAGAAUGCUUGUCUCAGCGGGUGGUUUACGGAGAAAGAUACUGAAGAACUUCGUAAUCUUGCAAACGAGCUUUCUAGCAGCUUCUGCAGUACAUUAGAUUUUAAAACUGAACCAAGCAGUUCUCUGACAAUUAUCUCAACGAUAAUGUCAAGAUUUUAUCCACGGAUGAAAAUGGGUCAGAUAAUUUGUUUCCUGGAAGCCAAGCCUGGAUUUGGUGCCUACGUGAAUGAUUUCCAAAUAACGAAGAAUACGAAUCUUUCCAAAGGAGAGAAAGUAAGAUUAUUUGUUGCACAAAUAGAUAAUCUGGAGAACUCACUAUGUCUUAUAACGCCUCCUCAAGUGAACUUUCUCCUAAAUGGGACGGCAGUGGGGUGGAGGAGUAAUGUGUUAAUGGGCUCUGGACCUCAGCUUCCAACUCCUGUACCUCAAAUGCUUAAAUUUGGAACAAAUCUUCUUCAAGCUGUGGGCCAAUUUAAUGGAAAUUAUAUCAUAGCUGUUGCCUUCAUGAGUGAGAUCUCUACCCCUGUUGAGGCCACACUCCCUGAUUAUGAGCAGCCUCCUGUUUCUUCCGUCGAUCCAGAUUCUGAGAUUAUUGAGGGGCCAUCAAGAAUUUCUUUGAAUUGCCCCAUAAGCUUCAAACGUAUUAAAACUCCAGUUAAAGGACAUUCUUGCAAACAUCUUCAGUGUUUUGAUUUUGACAACUAUGUCGACAUAAAUUCAAGGAGACCAUCGUGGCGUUGUCCUCAUUGUAAUCAGCAUGUGUGUUUCACUGAUAUUCGUAUCGAUCAAGAUAUGGACAAGGUUUUGAAAGAGGUCGGCGAGGAUGUCACCGACGUCAUGAUCAGCUCAGAUGGUUCAUGGAAGGCAAUCAUGGAAAGUGAUGACCAUUCUGAGAAACCCAGGGAUAAAAUUCCUGACUUUACUCAAGAUAGCCCACAGCGAGGUUCUGAUAGCUUUUCAAAUACCCCCGCUGAUGUUAUGGAUCUUACUGCUAUAGAUGAUGAAAUAAAUCCAAUGGCUACCUCUGAAACUGAAGACAGUAAAAAUUUCCCAUCGAUCCCUAAUAUUCACUCUAAUGUUCAGAACACAACUGUUGUGAAUAAUCCAAGUGAAAUCGAUCAUACAGGUGGUUCUGAUAUGGCAGACGAUUUCUGGUCAAGAAUGUAUAUGUCCUCGUGUGGAAUAGGGACAUCAGGUUCUUUGUCCAGUUUGCAGAAUGGCAGUGCUUCUGAGCCUUCUAGAACCAACUUGUUGCAACCACCUGUUUUGACAGAUGCAAUAUCUCCCGCUUUCAAUCCUGAAGGAAAUGCUCUUAUUCCAACCUCUAUACUUGAGAGUGGACUAUCUUCUUCUGAUAUGAUGCAGUUACAACAGUUCCAAUUUGGAAACUCUGCAAUCAGCAACGAAUAUGGAAGGUUUCCAUCUGCAGCGAGGCAUGCAAACAGAACUCCUGUUGCAGUUCAGGCUCUUUCAGCGCUUCCAGCCCAGGUGCAGACUCCUGUUCCUCAGAGACAACAAAGCGCAAUGAAUCCCUUGCUCCAUACUGGUCCUUCAGUAGCUACUCAGGGUUUGCCGACUGUUUCAUUGGAUGGUUCCAAUGUAAGAAGUGACUUGGAGAGACAGCAGUGUUCCGUUCCUGACUUGGAUCUGCUUCAGGCACGCAUGACUUCGUCAGCAUUACCACAGAAGGUGAGUGCACAGCGUUCUCUUGCUCCUCUUCAACCAUCUCAACAGGUUGUUGGCCGUCAAACUCCGAACCUGAGAACACCCUACCCGAUGAGCCAGUCUGAAGGCCUGACCCGACAAGCUACUUUGGAUAGAUGGGAAGCACUGAAGAAAGGAAGUUCACAAGGUGUUACUCGGGCAACAGGUCUUGCUGGCGGACAACACACCCGAGUUGUCGCUACUCAGCAAACCACACAGGUGGUGAGGCCUGUUCAGACUCCUAGAACUGCAUCUCCAGUACUCCCUGGGAAUUCUGACGGAUUUAGGACACCAUUGGCCCGGGACCAGAGGGGGAGUACAGGAGGCACAACACCAGUCACAAGGACAGAUAGUUCCGGGGAUGUCCAGCUAGAUCCUAACUGGCGCCCUACAGGCCGUAUGCGUGGAAGCCUCUCUGGACGAGCUUAUUCUGAAGCACUGAAUCAGUACAUACUUCAGCCAACACAGCAAACUCAAGCUCCCAGACCAUCUGUCCCACCUAAUCUUUCGCCCCAACUGCAAGUCUUUUUGGCUAAUAGAGGCGCUCAUAGUACCCAGCCUGUGAAUCAUCCAUCCACAACACCAGCCAAUGCACCAGAUGUCUCAGGCGUUUUACCUGAUCGUUCUUCGGGAAUGCAGUAGAACUAGGACAGGCAUGUAGGUAACAGUGUAUAUAACGCAACUGAUUUUGCUUCCAUGGUCACCUUACAGUACAGACACCUAGUUUGGUGUUAUAGUUCAGUUAUGGGGGAAAUGUGGUGUAUUUAUUUUGUAAAAUUAAAGUCCAGAAACCGCUCUCUCCUAGCUCAUGCACUACAUUUUGACUUUAAUGUUAUGGCGAGUAUAGUUUGGUUAAUAUGACGUGGCAAAAAACAGUUUUAUGA